GUCAUUAUAUAUCAAAAUCCACUCCGCUCAAUCCCCGAUCAUCUCGUCUCUGCUCUUCGUCGGCUUGUUCUAUCUACGAAAUCUCCGACAUAGAUUUGAGUAUUGUCAUCGAAUAAAUCAGUGUGAAAAUGUCGGGUAAAGGUGCAAAAGGAUUGAUUAUGGGCAAAACCUCGGCCGCAGGUGGAAGCAAGGACAAGGAUAAGAAGAAACCCACCUCUCGAUCUUCUCGUGCCGGACUCCAGUUUCCAGUUGGUAGGAUACACCGUCUCUUGAAGGAAAGAACCAUGGCAAACGGGAGGGUGGGAGCAACAGCGGCCGUCUACUCUGCAGCAAUAUUAGAGUAUUUAACUGCUGAAGUGUUGGAACUAGCCGGCAAUGCGAGUAAGGAUCUGAAGGUUAAACGUAUUACUCCGAGGCAUCUCCAGCUUGCUAUUCGAGGUGAUGAAGAACUCGAUACUCUGAUCAAAGGAACCAUUGCCGGAGGAGGUGUAAUUCCGCACAUCCACAAGUCGCUUAUUAACAAAUCAUCCAAGGACUAGUUCUAUUUUGGUAUGUUUGCCUUUACCAAUUGGGCAAGUUCUCUUGGAAGUUUGUGUGACUAAACGAUGGAUGAAGUGGAUGAAGUAGGCUACGCAGUUGAUUGUCUUAGAUGCAUGCCAAUUCGACAGAAGAUAUACUUUUAUAUGAGAUUAUUUUCAACAUUCGUAUGUGGUACAUUUCUUUGUGAAAUCAGUCUUUUUAGUUAAAUACUCGACAAUCUGCCCGAGCUUUCAAAUUUCGCAGUGUGAUGCUGUGUAAAUAUGUAACUUUGAUGAGCUAAUAUCUCGGAUCACUUUAUGUAACUUUUGUACAAAGCUUCUACAUAUUAAUGCAAUAUUAGAAAAGGAAAUUGAAUAAAA